AUGAGUGGUGGCCACCGGCUGCAGCUGGCUGCCCUCUGGCCCUGGCUGCUGAUGGCUACCCUGCAGGCAGGCUUCGGACGCACAGGACUGGUUCUGGCCGCGGCGGUGGAGUCUGAGAGAUCAGCGGAGCAGAAAGCUAUUAUCAGAGUGAUCCCCUUGAAAAUGGACCCCACAGGAAAACUGAAUCUCACGUUGGAAGGUGUGUUUGCCGGCGUUGCUGAAGUAACUCCAGCAGAAGGAAAACUAAUGCAGUCCCACCCCCUGUACCUGUGCAACGCCAGCGAUGAUGACAAUCUGGAGCCUGGAUUCAUCAGCAUCGUCAAGCUGGAGAGUCCCCAACGGGCCCCCCGCCCCUGCCUGUCACUGGCCAGCAAGGCCCGAAUGGCAGGUGAGCGAGGAGCUAGCGCCGUCCUCUUUGACAUCACCGAGGACCGAGCCGCUGCGGAACAGCUGCAGCAGCCGCUGGGGCUGACUUGGCCAGUGGUGUUGAUCUGGGGUCAUGAUGCCGAGAAGCUGAUGGAGUUUGUGUACAAGAACCAGAAGGCCCACGUGAAGAUUGAGCUGAAGGAGCCCCCGACCUGGCCAGAUUACGAUGUGUGGAUCCUCCUGACGGUGGUGGGCACCAUCUUUGUAGUCAUCCUGGCUUCGGUGCUGCGCAUCCGGUGCCGCCCACGCCACAGCAGGCCGGAUUCCCUUCAGCAGCGAACAGCGUGGGCCAUCAGCCAGCUGGCCACCAGGAGAUACCGGGCCAGCUGUAGGAGGACACGGGCUGAGUGGCCAGACUCAGAGAGCAGCUGCAGCUCAGCCCCUGUGUGUGCCAUCUGCCUGGAGGAGUUCUCUGAGGGCCAGGAGCUGCGAGUCAUUACCUGCCUCCAUGAGUUCCAUUGCGCCUGCGUGGACCCCUGGCUGUAUCAGCAUCGGACUUGCCCCCUCUGCAUGUUCAACAUCGUAGAGGGAGAUUCAUUUUCCCAGUCCCUGGCACCCUCUCGAUCUUACCAGGAACCAGGCCGGAGACUUCACCUUAUUCGUCAGCAUCCUGGUCAUGCCCACUACCACUUCCCUGCUUCCUACCUGCUGGGCCCUCCCCGGACUGCAGUGGCUCGGCCCCCACGACCUAGUCCCUUCCAACCCUCCCAGGAGCCAGGCACAGGCCCCCGGCACCACCGCCUCCCCAGAGCUGCACACCCCCUGGCUCCAGGCGAGCAGCAGCAUCGGACAGCGACCCAGCACCCCUUUGCGCAGAGCUGGCGUCUGAGCCGCCUUCAGUGCACUGCACAGCACCCUGCCGUGUGCCCAGCACCCUCACGCCGGGCCAGGCCUCACGACAGCAGUGGGUCUGCAGAAAGCUACUGCACAGAGCGCAGCGGCUACCUGGCAGACGGGCCGGCCAGCGACUCCAGUUCGGGGCCCUGUCAUGGCUCUUCAAGUGACUCCAUGGUCAACUGCACGGACGUCAGCCUGCAGGGCAUCCACGGCAGCAGCUCCACCUUCCGCAGCUCUCUGAGCAGUGACUUUGACCCCUUGGUGUACUGCAGCCCUGACGGGGAGCCUCGGGGGGAGGAGACUCAGCCCAGCGUGACCUCGCGGCCUCGUUCUUUGGAAUCGGUGGUGCCCAGAGGGGAAGUCCAGGUUUCCAGCCACGUCCACUACCAUCGCCAUCGGCACCACCACUACAAAAAGCGCUUCCAGUGGCACGGCAGGAAACCUGGUGCUGAAACGGGGAUCCUCGAGCCCCGGCCUGCUGUUCCUCGGACACAGCCCCAGCCGGAGCCCUCCUCUCCUGAUCAGCAAGCUGCCAGAUCCAACGCAGCAGCCCCUACUGGGCAGCUCCCCAACCCAUCACAGCCCAGGGCCCUCCCAGAGCCAGCCCCAGACCUAAAAGAUGCUGCCAGCCCCAGCCCCAGCCCCAGCCCCAGUCCCAGUCCCGGUCCCGGCAGCCUCUUCCACCUGCAGAAAUCAGGCUUCCCUGUCCGACACCCACAGAGGAAACGGCGGGGGGCUCCCUCAGAACCUACCCCAGCCUCUCGGCCCCAGGACUUGACGGUACACCUCACUUGCCAGAUUUCCCCCCAUUAUGACCCCAGCCUGGCAUACCCUUGGCCCCCAGAGGCCCACCCAUUGAUCUUUGGACCUCCGGGCCUAGAAAGGAGGACGCUACCAGAAACCCCAGGCGCCUGUUACUCAAGUUCACAGCCAGUGUGGUUGUGUCUGACUCCACGCCAGCCCCUGGGACCACACGCACCUGGGGAAGGGCCUUCCAGAUGGAGUUCUGGUACCCCAGAGGGCAGGCCAUGCCCUUACCCACACUGCCAGGUGCUGCCAGCCCAGCCUGGCUCGGAGGAGGAGCUGGAGGAGCUGUGUGAACAGGCCGUGUGA